CAGCCCGACAGAGCUCGGCAGCAGCAGCGCAGUACGAAAACGAACAUGAACGAGAGUGUUACGGAAUACGGCUUCUUAAAGAGUUUCCUGCGCAGUUAUCAAAAAUAACUUUAAAACACGAUUAACGUCUUCAUAACGAAGUUGCCUCAGGCAGCGAAGACUUGCUUCACUGGGGGGUUAGCCCGCUGGGCUUUCUCAGCCCAAAAGCACGGAGAGAUGUCGAUACGAACGGUGGUUCAUCGUUUUUUGCAAAAUGGUCGGGCUCUGUUGCAUUCCGUCCGGAAUACCGAGUGUUUCUACUCUAAUUACCACCCAAGGAACUACCACGACAAGAUACACGUUGUGCAAGUAGGCAAGUCCCAGGGCUUUCCGCCCCAGGGUAACAGUAAUGUGUCCAACACAGGAAGACACCUUGGUUACUUGGGAGCUCAGGCUCGACGGAUUUUCGUUGAUAACAUCUUGAAAAGAGUCACUAACAGCUUAGCAGCCGAUUUAAGAAGACGUGCUGCAAAAAGAUUGGUUUUUGGCGAUUCCGCGCCUUUCUUUGCAUUGGUUGGUGUAUCUUUGGCAUCUGGUACUGGAAUAUUAACGAAAGAUGACGAGUUAGAGGGUGUUUGCUGGGAAAUUAGGGAAGCUGUAUCAAAAUUGCAAUGGAAUACUCCGCAAAAUGAUACGAAUUACGAGACUAUUAAAGACAAUGCAAAUGUUCUGAGUCUGGAGGAUUUAGUGAUUGGUCCUGCUAUCGCAAAAGGUUGCUCGGCCAUUGUCUAUGCAACAAGAUUUAACAAUUCUGCGCUUGAUAAAGGCAAUGGUCAGAUAAACAGUGAUGAUAAGGCCACAGAUGUGACUGCAUUUCCAUUGGCAUUAAAAAUGAUGUUUAAUUAUAAUGCCGAAUCAAAUGCACUAUCCAUUCUGAGAGCCAUGCACCGUGAAACUGUACCUGCUAGAAAACAUUUUAAUAACGAAGAAUUGGCUGAUUGGGAAACAAAAAUGGCAGAAAGGAAAGCAAAGUUGCCACCACAUCCAAAUAUUGUUGCAAUGUAUUAUGCUUUUGCCGAUAAAGUACCAGCUUUGCCCGAUUCAUUGAAAAUGUACCCUGAUGCUUUACCUGCACGUAUUAAUCCACAGGGAUAUGGACGAAAUAUGAGUUUGUUUUUAUUAAUGAAAAGGUAUGACAUUACGUUGCAACAAUACCUGUCCGAUCGUAAUCCAAGUACCCGGGAAUCGAUACUACUACUUGCUCAGUUGCUCGAAGGUGUUGCUCAUAUGAAUGCCCAUGGUAUUGCACAUCGAGAUCUGAAGAGUGACAAUAUUCUGCUGGACUUGUCCGAAGAAACCGAUAACUGUCCGUCACUAGUAAUUACUGAUUUCGGAUGUUGCUUGGCCGACAAAAGCCAUGGAUUGUAUCUGCCUUACAAUAGUCACGAUACUGACAGAGGAGGUAAUAUCGUGCUAAUGGCACCGGAAGUCAUCACGGCGGAACCCGGUCCUUUCACCAGCAUCAAUUACACCAAAGCCGACCUUUGGACUGUAGGCACCAUAGCAUACGAAAUAUUUGGUAUGAAAAAUCCGUUUCUCGAUGUCGAUAAGGAAAAUAUAUCUCUUAAGAACUUCAACUACAAGGAGAGUGACCUCCCGUCUUUUCCAAACGACGUGCCAACAAUUGUUUCUGCGUUAAUAAAAAACAUAUUGUCUCGAAAUUUGUACAAGAGACUCGAUACCGAAACAGCAGCAACCGUAAUACAGUUGCACUUAUGGGCACCGAGCGCUUGGUUCAGAAGCGAAGGACAAUUGCCGUCGAGUAAUGAGGUGAUGCAAUGGCUUUUGUGCUUAACUACAAAAGUACUUUGUGAAGGACGCAAUUCGCCGCUAUCGUUCCCGAAAGUGCUCUACGACGAGAAUUUCGAAGGUGUCAAAAUGAAUUUUUAUCACAGAUGUAUUUCAACGAGAUCCUGCGGACGACGUACUAUGCCGGAAUAUCAAUUAAUAGCGAGUUUCCUCGGUAGAGUCACGCUUAGCAACAUUAGAAGUGCUUUAAAGUGGAUACAGAAUAAUGUAUAAUUUUAUAGUAAACGUUUAUAAAGCUCUCGUAAAUGAAAGGAACCCGUUCGAUCAACAUAAAGAAAGUAUUUGUUUUUUGCAUAUCGAGGAACGAGCUGUUCUGUGGUUGUUAUUCAACAUAAAACGAAGAUUGUUAAAAUAUUUUUGUAUACCCCAUUUUAUCGUGUUAUCAUUAACGUUCUUGAGUUACUUUCUAGGCAAUUUAUUUUUGAUACUUUAAGAAACACAAAAGAGUCGUAUUUUUAACCAUAUUUAUCGCCGCAAAAUUAUGGUUGAACAUUCGAUUGCAGUCGUGAGUAAAAUACAAAACUAAAUGCGGCAUUUAAUUGGAAUUGUGCCUUGCUAUGGCUCCUUUUGUGAUUCACGUUUAUUUUAAUUCAUCAAUGCUUCAAAGUAUUGUGGAAAUAUUUAUUUUGGCGAUGUUGGCCUAUUUAUUUUAUUUAUUUAUAAAGUACACAUGAUAAACUUAUUAUUUUAUUUGCACAGGGAGCGAUCUUGCGCGUUCAAUAAAGACAGCUUGCUCUGUGCUGUCAGACAAUGUUCGAUAUUUCACCGUGCGAUAUAAAAUCUAUCGAUACACGGUCGAUCAUUAAGUAACUUUAAUUUGAUUGUUUAUUUUCUUGAAACUACAGAUCAAUCAUGCGAUAGAUGGAAAUGUUAUCGCCAACUGGAGUAAAAUUCGAGUCACUGUAUAAACGUUGUUCGAUAAUAAAGCUUGUAAAUAAUGUUCAUGCAA